AGAUCAUUCUCUCUCUUUGGAUUAAAAUGGACGUAUUAUUAAGAAUCUCAAUGGCCUUAGUGCUUUGCCUCUCAGCAUUAGGAUCCAAAGUCAAGUUACCUCCAGAUAUGUCCCAAGGUUUGUAUGAAAGUCAAUAGAUCCUCACAGUACUAUCGAUCACAAGUAAAGACCUGGACCUUUUAUAUCUUAGAGUAACCGUUUUUUCCAUUGUUAAGGCAUUAGAUAAAAUCUUGAAUUCUUAUUACAUAACUCUAGCUUAUCAAUGCAACAAAAGAGAUCAGGUAUUCACAGUCAUGUUUUUAAUAUUAUAUUAAAAACAUGACCGUGUAGUGUCCCAAGUUAUAAUUGAAGUAAGACAAAACUGCAGUCACAUUCAUGAAGGUGUCAAUACCUGAUCUCUUUUGUUAUCUCUGAUGGCACUUACAUCAUAUCUUUGUUUUUUGGCUUCUUUUGAAUAAAAUGAGCUGUUAUUGUUGUCAUUAGAUUGCCCAAAAUCUCAAUUUUUAUUUGACAAAGAAGCUUACCUUUUUUAUGUGUUUUCCUUUCUAGCAAUUUUCUGUGAGAGUUGCAGUGCUGUGAUGCAAGGUAAUGAAACCAUGUGACUUUUAUUGACAAUGGCCACUAACAUGACAGGUCUUAAUUUUAGCUGAAGCCUUUAUCCAUGAUAUGUAUACCCAGAGUUCUAAAGAGGAAAGGGCCUUUGCCAUUUUGUAGUGGAAAAUCCCAAAUCAAUAUUAUAUACCCUCAAUAAGGAGAGCAGGGUUGCUCGCCCACAGAUUUUUGAGCAAAAGAGAGACUGCUUGCAGCCUAUGGAGAAGGGCAUAACAUGGGUACCAAUACUGCGAAACUGCACAGAAUUAAAUAUAAACACCACACAGAAUAACAUAAGAAACUGUAAACCGCAUUGAAAUUACCCAAAAAUUUCUAAAUACCACAAACUGCGUGGUUUUGUAAAACAGCAAUACAACUUAAAAUAAAAAUUCCCGCAAAACAGCACCAAAAAUCGAGCCAAAGCUCGUCACCACAAACCCGUAUGCCCCCCUCCCUCUGAUAAGACAAGACAGACCAAAAUUAUAUUUAGAACAGUCAAUAGAGAGCGCUUUGUAAGGCUAAUGAACAGUCAGUUAUAGGGAGAGAGGGAAAGAGUUUCCAUUGAAAGCAAAAAAAUAUUACCGACAUUGAAAUGUGUACACUGUAAAUGUGUUGCAAGGAGAGCUGCCUUUGACCUUCAAAGAGAAUUAAUGUUCUUUCAAAACAGAGUGAUCCACUAGCAGGACAGAGUGAAAAGCAAACUGGAAAUGUUUUCUUUUACUUUUCUGUCUUUGGCCUGUUCCAGGCUCUUUUUACUAUACAUCUACUUGCUAUUAUUUUGAUUGUCCAGGAUAAAUGAGAAUGCAGAAACCUAGAACAAAGGCUAACCUGUCCCUCACCUGAAACCCUGCCUCUCCCCACCCACUUCCCCCUUCUCAGCCAUGGUAUUUCAUGACAGCAACCAUUCACACAUGAAGACAGAAAAUCAAGGAGAGGGAAGUGGUUGGGGAUCAGCUCUCUCCAUGUAGAAAGAGGGUAAGAAAGAAAACAGAAAUUCCUUCUAAUUUUGCUGUGUUUUUCCCAUCUCUUUUUAGAAAUAGGCAAGUUGUUAGCCAAAAAGAGUUCUGAUCCAAGAGAAUUGCAAGUGGUUGAAGCAAUGGAGGACAUCUGUCAAGCUAAAUAUUUUUCAAAGUAUCACUAUUCUCCACCUACAACAAUUAAAGCUUGUAAAUUUCUCAUAGGUGAGUUUUCUGGCUUUGAUUUUAAAUAAAUUAAUGUGUCUGUGAUUUCUUUUUUUUUUUAGUUUUCUGUUCCUUUCUUUUGUCCUGUUCUAAAUUCAUAAAAUACCGCAGGAAAAUAGUCCACAGUCAAAAGCUGGUGGUCGACCAUAGUGCACGGCCAUUAUUGACAGCUUAGUACAGCCGUAUCAAAGUGUAUUUUGCUUCUUUUUUCAUUGAAAAAUAAUCAGAAAUCACAGGUGGCCAUGACAUGCUAUAAUCAAAACUUGUACAUUUAAUAUUCUCAGUGCACUGGCAUUCUUUCUCCUAAAACUGCAUUUACAUGCCGGGCAAAUUUUACUUGGCAAAGUGAAAGUUUGUGUUAAGCCUAAAACAAUAUUAACCAUGAUAAAAUAUAUUAAGUCUCUCUUCCUAUUACACCCCUCUCUAGUAAAUCCCCCCCCCUCUCUUUGAAGGUUGAACUUUGUAAUAAACCCAGUCGCUAAUAAUCACUCUGUUAUACGAGAUGUUUAGAUUAAAAUAUAAUAAGCUUCGUCCAGCUUGUAAUUGAGUUUUUAUGGUAGCCUUAACCGCGAAGGUAAGUUGAUUAACGGAAUUUAUGAAGGGGUCACUCGAAACACGUUCACUUAAUACAGCUUUCAAUGUAAUAGGCCACCUAGUUCCAAAAACCCUCACUUUCAAAAUGAGGCUAGGUGCACAACCUUUCUUGUGAAAAUAAGUUUUAUUUGCAUGAGAAUGAACAAUAGGGCCAUUUAUAGGAGGAAAAAUAAGAGGCGUCUUACAUAAGACGCGUCUUAAAUAAGACGCGAAGUGUACCAUUUAUACGAGCAUGUCUUAUCUAAUAAGACGCGUCGUAGCUAAGCCGCGUCUUAUUUUAGACGAAAUGUGCCGUUUAUACGGAAAGUUCGUGUCUUAUUUAAGACGCGUCUUAUUUUUCCUCGUAUAAAUGGCCCUAAUGAUUUCCAUAUCAAAGGCUGAGCACCUACCCUCGUUUUGAAACAGAGGCAUGGGGGAACUCAGAAAUGGCGUAUUUUUACGUGUUUUUUUUUUUUUGACAGAAAAAUACGAAGAAGAACUGGAACAGCUGUUGACCACGAAGUCAGCAGAUUAUGAAAAGGAAGUCUGCUACGAGUUGACGAAGGCUUGCGAAGGAGUAGAUAGAAGUAAGAAAGAAAAAGAAGAGAUGGAUGUCCGGUUUAAUGAUCAGAAACAAGAGGUUAAAACGGAAAAAUCAACACCACAGAAAGACGACGAUGGAAUUCAAAGGAUGAACAUUGAUAUUAAUGAUCCCGGUGCCGCGAAACGAUUAGCAGAUCAAAUCAAAAUGCAGGUUGCACAGCAGCAGGCAAUGGGUGGCGGAAGUGAUGAUGAAGAUGAUGAUGAUGACGAAGAUGAAGACGAAGAGGAGGAUGAGGAUGAAGACAACUCGUCAAAAACUAAGAAGAAAACUGAACUUUAAUCAACUGUAAAACGCGAUUAGUUUUUCUUUUCUAAUGUUUGUUUUUUUGCUGUUUUGCCUUCUAGAGUUUACCCUGCCAGCAGAGGUUUCCUUUCGCUAGCUCGAUUCAUUUUUAGCGUACUGGGUCAAGGAGAAGACAAAACGAAGAUUCUGCUCGCAGCUGGGCGCGAUCCAUUCAACCAAAAUUCAGACCGGUCUGACUGGGAAAAGUGGUCCACCUCAAAAGGUGGACCAGUUUUUUCGAAACUUUUCCGGUUGGACCGAACCGAUCCAUUGAGUUUUGGGCCGAAAUUUCCGGAAUUUUUGGUUGAAUGGAUCGCUCCAAGUGUCAAGAGAAAAUGAACGUUAUAUUAAUACCAACGCUAUAAAAUUCUACAAAGUGACACUCUUUCCUUAUAUGAAAGGGUUGGUUUCUAAAGAAGCUCUUUUCCUGGCUAGAAAUAGCAACAGCGGACAGGCGUUUUUAGGUUAAACGUAUAUAUCUAACUUUCUUUUACAAGCGCUCUAAAGGACCGGAGGAAAUGACAGGCAAACCAAAGAUCAGUUCACCGCUAGGUCUAUGUUCAUUACCCACCGAACAUUGUCCUUUGACUGGCUGAUACUUUAAGCCCUAAAAUGUGUAAUGUGAUGUUGCGAGAAGGCCGAAAAAUCGCCACCCUUUUCCCUUCUUUACUCCAAACUGAUGAAGAUUGCAAGGCUUGUCUUCUAAAGAUCAAUAUUCAAGGAAAAUUACAAAUUUCGAGUCGUUUAAUGAACUGAAUCUGAUGACAAGCUGUUUCUUGGGAAAAGAUCUGCCUAACGGAAGAUUUCUUUUGAAUGGUAACACCAAAAGAUUUCACCCACAGACACAAAACUAGGUACAACGAAACAUGGACCCAUUUUCGAGGGAGUGAACUAAACUGAAGUUUUUAGCGCUAGCUUCCCCUUUCUCCAGAUAUCUAAAAUUUGCAUAGAAGUAGGUAACUCUAUGUCUGUACAAUUUCUAAACCGAAAAAUUCUUAUACUAUAAUUUUACUUAUCGACUUUUAUUCAUUAUUUCUACAAAUG